AAAUUCAAUCACAAUAGGGCUUUUCAUUUAAAAAAGGAUUCAUUUUUAUUUCGGAUUCGGAUAGAUGUCAAUUUAAGAAAGACAUAUUACAUAUCUUCUAUCUUUAUCAAAAGCGCUGUUUGAAAAAGCUUUCAAAUAAAUGUACCGUGCAUGAAUUUUAUUGGAGUCGUUUCCAUGGUAACGAUACACUACUUUACAUUGACGUUAAAGUUAUAUAGACUGAGUGUCAAACGAUUUUAAGCGUGCUAACAUCUGAGAAUCACACAAACAAGUUAAAGAAUAUUUAUAUAAAAUGAAUGAAGAGACAAAUAAUGGAUUAAUACUGAAUAAUCAAUAUUAUUUACCAGCAGAAAUAUUAUCAUUGAUAUUAACUAAAGUUGAUGUCACAACAUUGUCAAAACAUUGUACACUGGUAUGUAAACAAUGGAAUGGAAUUAUUAAAGAAAAUGUAUGGAAAUUAAAAUGCGAACAAGAAUUAAUGGAAAAUGAUGAAAAUAAACAGAAAUUACGACAAUUGUUACGACAAAAACAAUACUCUUAUAUUGUCUAUCAAACUAUCUUUAUUCGAAAUCAAUCAUUUUAUACAAAUUUAAUAAAAAAUUGGGAUAAUUUAAAGUUUUGGAAAAUAUGUCGAUAUAGUAUAAGUGUUUUUUCGUUAGAAGAUAUUAAUGAUAAUAUUUGUAAAAUUACGGAUGAAAUGAAAUUAAAUAAUAUUACAAAAUGUUGGACACCAGCAAUUCAUCUGCCAAUGCGUAAAAUACAAAUUAUUGAUUUAUGUAAACGAACUGGUUUAACACAACAAUUUAUUGAUGAAUAUCAACCACCAAUUUAUGUAAGUGAUUGGUAUGGAAAUCGGCGGACGGAACAUGUCACAAGUAUUUAUAAAUUAUGUGUCGUCUUAUAUGAUACGGAUUACAAUGAAAUCGAACGUUGUAAUUGUAAUUUUUUGUUUGAAUCGAUUGUGGAACAAGGACAGGGUGGUUUUUUUCGAAAAGCUCAACAUGUAUUUAAAAAUUAUGGUAAAAAUGUAAGAUACGUUUAUUUUUGGCAUUCGGCUAUUGAUCGUAUUCGAGAAUGGAGAGAAGAUCAAUCCUGUUGUACUAAAUAUGCAGGUGCAAAUGUACAAUUAUUUUAUCCAAAUGAUACUCGUUUAGAUCACGUGAUCGAUGGGAAUUCACAACAAAAAAUUCAUAAAAAUUGUCGUAAAGAAUAUUGUGAAGUUGAAUGUAUAUCACAAAUUCCUGAAUAUUUUACUAAUAAAAAAUAUCUAUUUUGUAUUCACACAGGGCCGGAUUAA